AGUUACAGAAUGACAAGCUCGUCGAUGAUACAGUAAACCAGAAAUUUUGUCAGCUGUCUUUUAGCUCACCCUCGCUUGGACACUUCACACUCGGACAACGAGUGCCAGUUCUUGAACAACUCCUUUGCUUUUACUUGCUUCUCUUCGGAAUUGAGCGUGUGCGAGUCGCGAGAAAAAGUGCGCGAAGUUUCAUUCAGUGGCUUCGCAUCUUUUGUGUGAACUACUUGCGCUGACAAGUUGGUAAAGACUAUCGCUGAACAACCAAGUUACCUUGGAGGCCGUUAAAGGCAGUACUGACGCAACGCAACAAAGCACACAAUGCUCCCCUGAACAAGGAAGUCGGUUCUGUCGGAUACUUCGUGGGAUUCAGAGGUAGUGUUUUAUAGGUUAACCACGGUCGCCCGACAAUAAUGAAGCGAGUUCGAACCAAGCUGCGUCUACUGCCCGAUUCCGCCUCAAGCGGCAGCUGUGACAGCAACGGCCUGCAUGUCAGGAUCAGCCGAAACGUCGCCGACGAGCUGUCGCUUGGCGACGGCACCACCGACGGUACUCUGGCGCUAGUGGCUCCCGAAAACGUCUCGCUCACGUACCCGGGCCUUUUCGUCAACUACGAGGUCGUGGACGAUCGCGAAGUGCGGAGUUUGUCGUAUUCCGGGACUACUGUCGCGCUCUUUGUCACUAGAGACUUCUUGAAGCGACGUCGAGGAUGGGAAGAUGGGCAAGCCGUGGACGUUCUGUGCGGAGUGCGGUGUCCGCGCCUGACCAAGGUGUCGUUGCUGGCGAGGAGCCCCGACGCGUACGCCAAGCUUAACAGCGCAGACCUGUGGGAGGUCCUGGGUGGAGGUGCCGGGAGCGACGGCGUACUGUGUCGCAUGGACGACAGCCUUGCCGCCUUCGGUGGGGACACCGUGCUCGUGGUCGACUGCGAGCCGACGCGCCAGGGACUCAUCGUUGCCGAGACGCAGGUGGUGGUGAUAAGGCCGCCGCUGGAAUACACGCCUGCUGGUGACGGUGCUCCAUGUGACGAUGUUGUGAAGCUGGCGGGCACCAUUUUGUACACCAGCCGCAUUCUGCAGUCAACACACCGAGCCAAGCAGGACAGGUCUGUGGCGGCAGGCAUAGUCGCAUCCGUACGGAGGCGUACUCCGGGGUUUCUGCGUGUCCACAUCCUUCCCCAGUUACCUGAACACGAAAUACCAACGACGGCUGACCCACUCAACUGUGUAUUCCUCAGCCAGUCGACCAUGGCUUCUCUAGGCUUGUCCGAGGGUUCCUGGGCUCAGGCAUGGCUGGUAGAGCAGGGAGGCCGUGGCAGCCCUUCAUCGGAGCCACAGCUCAAACGCGUGGUGGCAAUCUGGAAUGUAGAGAGGCUGCACGUGAUGGAGAGUGAAUUGGCAAGUGGCAUCACGCAGCAGGACGCAGCGUUCCUGAGCCCCCACCUCUGGUUUCACCUGCACGACCGGGACAAGCCUGCGCUACUGGUCCGGCCCACGGCACGAUUGCACUUGGAAGCGUUGGAAGGUUCCAGCAAGGGCAGUCCACCAGCGUCGGCUCAAGAGUUCAACCUGGCCAUCGUGCGAAGCCCCCUUUACAGCCACACUAUUGAGUGCACAGCAUUACUCAAGGAGCACUUCUCGAGGCCACGCUACAUCUGCAAUGGGGAUAUUGUCACCAUCAACCUCCGUGGUUCACCGUGCUAUGAGGAGUACCUCCCGGAUGGCUCAUCGCAGAGGAAUCAUGUUGUGUUCUUCAAGGCCACCCAGCUGCUUGGCCCCGACAACGGGGGGCCCGGUUAUUUCUGUGACACCAACACCAGGCUUUACCAGGCGGGCACCAAGGGCUGCUAUGUGCCUGCUGCCAUGGCUGCCUACCACCGCUCCUGGGCCCCCCACCCUGUCUGGGAUGCGCCCCAGCCCCCGCAUCUGGCUCCCAUAGUCGAGCGUCUGCAGUCAAUUCUGCUGCCUUGUCUUCAAUCUGGGUCCCUGCGUGAGCGUGUGGCACCCUGCGUGCUUCUGAGUGGGUCCCGUGGUUCUGGCAAGCGCACUGCCUUGACUGCUUUGACACGUUCGCUUGGCUUGCACCACUACCAGGUCAACUGUCAGCAGCUUCUUGGUGACACGGCGGCAGCAGCAGAAACACGGAUCAGGCAUGCCUUGAUGAAAGCACAACUGUACACACCCUGCCUACUGCAACUGUCUAACGUGGAGGUGUUCAGCGUGGACAGGGAUGUUGGCUCCGGCGGUGAUCCCCGGGUGGUCCGCUGCCUCGGUGACACGCUGCGUGCGUUGAACGGCGAAUUGGACGAACCCCCUGUGGCUGUGGUGGCCACCACGGCUGCCGACCCUGACACCCUUCACCCAGACUUGGCCCCCCUGUUCCUGCACUCGAUUGAAAUCCCAUACCCGAAUGAAGAGGGCCGUGCUCAGCUCCUGGAUGCGUUGCUGUGGAGCCUUCCCAAGAACAACUCGGUGGACAUCUCCUACUUGGCCCAGAGGACGGCCGGAUUCAACCUGGGGGACCUGUGUGCACUGGUAGGCCAGGCCACGGCUCGGGCUCAUGCAAGACUUACAAGCAGCAGCAGCAGUGGCAGCCAACAACGGGAAGAGGGCUGGGAAGCGGGUGUGUGCGUCGCUGGCCCCCUGCUCGUGCAGGCCGACCUGGAGUCAGCCCUGGAGUGGCUCCAGGGCAGUCAGGCGCAGGCAGUGGGGGCACCCCGCAUCCCCUGCGUCCACUGGGAGGAUGUGGGUGGCCUGGCUGAGGCCAAGCGCACCCUGACCGACACCCUGCAGCUGCCCCUGCGACACCCGCAGCUCCUCGACGCCGGCCUCAAGCGGUCUGGUGUGCUUCUCUAUGGUCCACCUGGUACGGGAAAGACUCUGCUCGCCAAGGCAGUCGCCACAGAGUGUGCCCUCAGCUUUCUCAGUGUCAAAGGUCCCGAGUUGAUCAACAUGUAUGUCGGGCAGAGUGAAGAGAACGUCCGAGCUGUGUUUGCUCGUGCCCGUAGCGCGGCACCCUGCGUCAUCUUUUUCGAUGAGCUGGACUCGCUGGCGCCUAAUCGUGGACGCAGUGGAGACUCUGGCGGUGUCAUGGACAGAGUUGUCUCUCAAUUGCUGGCGGAAAUGGAUGGGCUCAACAAGUCGGCCGACGUGUUUGUCAUUGGUGCCACCAACCGGCCUGAUCUGCUAGACCCAGCCAUCCUACGGCCUGGCAGGUUUGACCAGCUUCUGUACGUGGGUAUCCCGUCGGACAAGGACUCGCAACUCAAGAUCCUGAAGGCCUUAACCAGAAAGUUCCGAUUUGCCGAUGGCCUAGAUUUGGCCUCAGUCGUCGAGGAGUGCCCUGCGGGUCUGACAGGUGCCGACUUCUACUCCCUCUCGUCGUCUGCCAUGGUGCUUGCCACUAGACGUCACAUCGACCAGCUCGAAAGAGGCGUCAUACCAGCAGACAACCACCACGUUGUGGUGACCCUCGAGGACUUUCAAGCUGCCCUGAAAGACCUCGUGCCUUCAGUUUCCCCGGCCGAGCUGGCUCGCUACAAAGACAUACGAGAAAAACUGGCUUCCCCCAAGGCUGUUGCCGUUACAACGUGAAGAU